GCGGGACCCGGGGGCUGGAGGCGGGCUGAGUCACGGGGGCCCCGGUCACCCUCAUCCCCACGCGCCCGCCGGGCUCUUCACAGGCACGAGCCCUGAGGGGAGGAAAAGGGCGCUUGCGGUCACCCCUCAGCCUCAGCGUCCUUCUCUGAGCACCCAGCCUUCAACUCUGAAGAAUAGUUUGUGGGGGGCACCUUAGGCGUCCGUGCCUUUGUUGGUCGCCGUCUUCUCCUCACACCCUUGCCCCCCUCCCCCACCCCAUCACCUUGCAUUCUUCGCCCCUCACCCCCUCGCUCCCCGGAAGGAGCGCCCCUUGUGGCUCUCUCCCCGCCCCCUCUCCCGGAGCGGAGCGUCGGGUUUCUGCUCCUUCUUCCCACCCUCUGCUCCCCUUCGCCCACCGCCCUCACUCUCCUCACCUGGGAUCCUUUCCCACGAAUUAAGCCCACUCCCUGGCUCCUAGUUCCAUGUACUGUCCUUAGCUUUACUUGGCAUGUAGUCAGUUCAACCUAGAAAUAACUCACAGGACAUUGGAGGCUUUGUGGGGGAUUGGGGGGGAGGGGGCCGGAGGUAGGUAUGUGCUGAGGAAAAUCAAUGUCUCAGAAAUACUAAAUCACAGGGUUGUUUUUUCUUAAAGAAGUUUACUAAUAAUAAGACACCUGGGAGCAAUUGAAAAAGACAAAGUGGAAUUUAUUCCAAGAUACCAAACACACAGACGAGGAAGGAAGAAAGUAGAGCCAAGGCAGGCGGAGGCCAUAUGUGGUUUGGUAGAUUGCAUAACCUUUAUUUUGGGCCAAAUGAUUUGAUUGUUGGGGUGGAAAUGGGCAUUGAUCAAAGUUUAUCUAAGUUUUUAAUUCUGUGGCUGAUUUUGUUUUUGUAUUCAUUUUGGUCUAGUUUUCUCUUUUAUCAGAACUUUAGGAAGUUAAAAGAUGCUUCUCUAGUGGCAGUUUAAGGUUACUUAUAUGUAAGCAAUAGCUUGAUUCUUCUCUAGAAGUCAGCCAAAGCGGUAUGACAUCCCUUUGCGUAAUAAUGAAGCCCUAUGAUGUUAUUGAGAAUAGUACAAUUUGUAGAAAUGUGCAUAAAUUUUGGCUUUAAGUGAAGGUUUUCUUUUACCAUUAUUAUUUCUAAACAUUUAAAUUUGAUUCUUUUUUUUCUCCCCUUUUUAUUCUUUUCCUAUAGUUUCUUAUUUUCUUAAUUUUUCCACUUUAUGCUCCUUUGGAGUUAACUUCACAAACUAAUAUAUUGUGGAAUAAACUCUAGCAUCUUAAAAAGAACAAAGAAAUUCAACAGCUGGAUAUAAAUCAAUGAUCCAACCCUUCCCAAAUUCUUGUUUUAGAAAAAGUGGUUACCUGUGUUUGCUUUUCUUAGUUUUGUUCAGCUUUUCCUAUUCUGUUGUUUUUUUCCCUAUUUCCAUCGCCUAUUUUUUUUUUUCCAGUCUUACUCCUCUAUUUAUUUGACCAUGUUAGGAGAACUCAAGUCCUUUGUGGGAUAAGAUAUGUAAAAUAUAAGGACUCAGUGAUCAAAAUACAUUUAAAACAGGUGUGGUUCACAAUCUAAUAGAGUUCUGUCAUUAGUUUAUAGUUUUGUAUUUUAAAUACAAGUUUCUUUUUACAAGAAAAUAAUUUGAAUUGAAUAAUGCAUUGAAUUAGAAGAUAAUUUAUUAUUUUAUAGAAUUAAUAAAAAAUGGUUUUGCUUGCUGUAAAAUAGCACUAAAAGAUUUUUGUAUCAAAACUCAAAUAUCUUUUAAUGUUCUUUCUAGUUCAUUAAAUACUACUAAGGAAUACAGGCAACAUGUUCUACACACAUGUGCUUAUGAGUAAGCGAGGGCCAUUGGCCAAAAUCUGGCUUGCAGCUCACUGGGAGAAGAAACUUACAAAGGUCCAUGUAUUUGAAUGUAAUCUAGAGAUAACCAUUGAAAAAAUUCUUUCACCUAAGGUGAAAAUUGCACUUCGGACUUCAGGACAUCUUCUUUUGGGAGUUGUUCGAAUCUAUAAUAGGAAGGCAAAAUAUCUUUUGGCAGAUUGCAGUGAAGCACUGCUUAAAAUGAAGAUGACAUUUCGCCCAGGAUUGGUUGACCUUCCAAAAGAGAAUUUUGAAGCAGCUUACAAUGCAAUCACAUUGCCAGAACAAUUUCAUGAUUUUGAUACCCAGAGUGCGAAUGCUAUUGCUGUUUCAGAACACUUUGCUCAGAACCAAAGCAAACCAGAAGAAAUCACACUUAGAGAAGAUUAUGGCAAUGAUCUACUUUUCCAAGCUGCGAGCUUUGGGGAGGAACCUGAAAUUCUCAGAAGACAUAGCUUCUUUGAUGACAACAUAUUGCUGAAUUCUAGUGGUCCUUUAGUUGAACAUAGUUCUGGAAGCCUCACUGGAGAUAAGUCUCUGUUCUAUGACAGUGGAGAUGGAUUUGGAGAUGAAGGGGCUGCAGGAGAAAUGAUUGACAAUCUAUUGCAAGAUGGUCAGAAUAUUCUGUUAGAUGACAUGCAUUUAAAGAGAGAAAUUUCCCUGCUUCCUGAGCCUCCUGAUACUAUAGUGGUAGAACCAGAUAAUCCAGAGUGUGUACGUCCACCUGAAAAUGAAAAAAUGGAUGAAACCACAUUAUCAAUUGAAGAGGAAGGAUUUACCCUUGACCCAAUUGAUACUUCAGAUUUUGCUGAAAAAAGAAAAGGCAAAAAGAGGAAAUUGCUCAUAGAUCCAGUCAAGGAGAUCAGUAGCAAAAUUAUGCAUAGACAGAUUACUUUCUUUAUGGACACACUCGUGGUUUUGGAACUUGCACCUCCUACCCAAAGACUGAUGAUGUGGAAGCUGAGGGGAGGAGCAGAUACACUUCUGUCAACUGCUGCCCUGGAUUUGACUCAUGCCGAACUGAAAAUGUUGUUUACAAAAUGCUUUGUGUCCUCUGGCUUUAAACUUGGAAGAAAAUUGAUGCAGAAGGAGUCAUUAAGGGAAGAAAUGGGAAGCAAAAACAUAAUAGAGACCUCCAUGAUGGAAGAACCAAAUGCCCUGCAAGAGUUAAGUCAAUCCAAAACUUGGAAGGAAGUGACUGAUGGAUCUAAGUGUAACUCUCUUGAGGAUACCAAUAAAAAUACUAACUCUGAUGAUAUUGUUGAAAUGGUAUCUUCAGCUGCUGAGGAAUCAUCUUUAAUGAAUGCCCUCUUCACACAAGAGAUUGAAAAUUGUUCAUUUGAAUUGGAUUCAUUGGGGAAUGAACAAAAUAUUGAGGCAGAGAGAUGGAGUCGAAGAAUACUUCAGAUGUUACAUAGUUUGCGGGAAUCCAACAAGAUGGGGAUGCAGUACUUUAGUCUGAUGAAGCUCUGCAGAAAUAAUGACCGAAAACAAGCUGCUGCCAAAUUUUAUAGCUUUCUUGUCCUCAAAAAACAGCGGGCUAUUGAGCUGAGCCAGAGUGCUCCCUAUGCAGACAUUAUAGCUACAGUGGGACCAAUGUUCCAUAACAUGUGAAGGAAAUCCAGAACAUGCAGAUUUAUGUCAUCACUGGAAUUUCUGUAGAGAUUGUUCAGUUUAAUGCAGAAGCCACCUGCAAGCAGCGGAAGGUCUGAUCCAUUUCAUAGAUAGGUUGAUCUCCUGUUUCCUCUUUGUAAGCUCAGAAUAAUCAUAGCCAGAAUUGGAAACCUAUAUGCUCACAGAAAUAAUUAUAGCUAAGUAAUAUUUUUAACUUAGCUGAUUUGAAUGCAUAUCAUUUACCAUUUCCCUGACUUGAAUGUUGCAUUCAGAAUACAUUUUUAAAAUACUAUAUGCUUUAUGCCUUCAAGAAACAGUCAAGGAUUUUUAAAAAUUGGAUUAUUUACUUAAAUUUUAUGGGAUUAAUUAAUAAUUAACACUGUCUUAUUUCCCCACAGACAAUAAUUUAUUUGAUUCCAGUGCAUAUCAUUCUUGAUUUGUUAUGCCCUGGUUUUUAAUCUAUCUUAAUUGAAGAGUUAUAAAAUUCAUCUUAGUUUUAAAUUAUCUGAGUGGCUUUCGUCUAAUUAUAGAUCAUUCAGCCUAUUUAUUUACUAUUUAAUGAUUAUUAUGACCAUUAUUUAUGUAUCAGCAAAAUUAAAUCUGCUUCUUAAUGUUAAAAAAAAUUAAUGGACACUUAUUCAGCAUGCAGCUACAAUUCAAGUAAAGGUCACUAAAAUAAAUAUUCUUUGGUGUUUACUGAGCAUUUUUUACAUUAAAACCAUAAUUUUUCUUUUUUCUUAGUUGAAGUUUGAGUUAAAUUUUCAUUUAAUGCUCUGUGAGCUUCAUUGUGUACUGUAAAAUGAAGCCUGUGGUACUCUCUAAAAUAUUAUUGUACCUGGAAUUAUGCUACAGACUAAAUUCUAAAAUGGCCCCUUUGAAUGUAUUAAUUAUAAGUUUUAAAUGUCAAAUUGCCUUUUUAAAAAAUUUCCUUUAAUUUUUUAGUUAACACACAGAAAACCUUUUUUAUUUUGGUGCACAGUAUGAAUUUUACACGUAUAGAUUCCUGUAACCACCACCAGAACCAGGAUACCAAAAAACUACCGUGUACUAUUGCUUUGUAGUCACACCCUUCCCCCAUUCUAACUCCUGGCAACUACUCCUCUAACUGACUAUAGUUUUAUCUUUUUAAGAAUGUCAUACAAAUGGAAUUAUAUAGCAUGUAACCUUUUUGAGACUGGCUUCUUUCACUCACUGUGUCUUUGAGAUUAGUACAAAUUGUAACAUGUCAGGGGUUCAAUCCUGUGUGUUGCUGAGUAGUUGUGUGUUGCUGAGUGGUAUUCUGUUGUCUGGAUAUACCACAGUUUAUUUAUGCAUUUACCCCCUGAAGGACAUUUAAGUUGUUUCCAG